CGCAAUUUGCAUUCCACAUUGACCUGUGUUUAGUCCUGCUUGUCUGAUGGAGAGAAUAGGGGUAAGCAUUACCAUUGGAAGCUCCUUUUAGCGGAGACUUGGCGCUCAGAGUAGCGGUCCAAGCAGUGCCUUCCACCUCUUACUCGUGAGCCUUAGCGUGUCACUCUGCUCCCAGCGGGCACACGGCCGUUGAUCUGCAGAGCGUCGCCUGGCCAAGUGCCAGCUCGAGCAGCAGAGGUCCGGGCGAUGAUUGGAGAAGGAAGCGCAUCGGCCAAGGCUCCCUUUGUGAGGCGACGCGCGGGCGCUCCCUUUGUCACGGUGACACGCGCCUGCUCCCUUUGUCGCCAUGUCACACCCUCUUCACGCUAGGCUCUCCGUGUCGAGCCCUGAUCACACUGGCGUGCACAGACAGAUGAUGAGACCACUGAUGGCAGUUUGCAAGGGUAUAAGAGAGGCCCCGCCCACUGUGCCCUUGCUCUGCAACCACCCACGAUGCAGGACCUCAUCAGUGCGCCGUUUCCCCUCCUCUUCAAGGGCGAGCUCUACGUCGACCGGGAGCGCUUCAUCAGGGCCCUUGUCGAGCGCAGAAGUCAGCAGCAGCAGCAGCAGCAGCAGCAGCAGAACCAGCAGAACCAGCAGCGACAGGCCGCCGAGGCCAGGCAGGAGCACGCCGACUGGGCCAAGUGGAGCGUCGACGUCGGCCGCAAAUUUCUCAACGGCGAGCUGGUCUUGGCGCGAGGACCACCACAGCCCAAGAGCGUCGACGAGGAGCUGAGGGACAUGCUCCUGGACAGCCAUGCGCUCGCUGAGUUCCGCCAGUGGGUGCUCAAGCGCAGGAGGGCUGAGCGUCAGGAGCAGCGCGAGAGGGACCGGGGCGUCGUCCUGCGCGUCGAUUCAGGCAGCCACAAUUGAUUAGCUACUCCUAGGCACGUCACACGGAUCCUCCUCGGUGAUUUGGGAAGCCCACUUCCGAACAGCUGUCUGUUAGUCUAUCUUGAAAACCAAAUCGGAAGUCGAAAAAAAAAAAUUUAGACUAGGCACGCCAUGG